CGGCAAGAGCAAGAGCAAGGCCAAUGUCCCAGCGAAGGUCCCCGCUGAACCAUGCGAGUCCCUGGCCUACUGGCCGGACCGCUCUGACACCGAGGUGCCCCCUCUGGACCUGGGCUGGACCGACGCUGGCUUCUACCGCGGCAUGAGCCGCGUCACUCUCUUCACCCAUCCCCCCAAGGAGGAGAAGGCGCCCCACCUCAAGCAGGUGGUCAGGCAGAUGAUCCAACAGGCCCAGAAGGUCAUUGCUGUGGUCAUGGACCUCUUCACCGAUGGGGAUAUUUUCCAAGACAUUGUGGAUGCUGCCUCCAAGCGCCGGGUCCCCGUGUAUAUCAUCCUGGACGAGGCGGGAGUGAAGUAUUUCCUGGAGAUGUGCGGGAGCCUCGAGCUGGCUGACUUCCGUAUUCGGAACAUCCGCGUCCGCUCUGUGACAGGCGUUGGCUUCUACAUGCCCAUGGGGAAGAUUAAAGGAACCCUGUCAUCAAGGUUCCUGAUGGUAGAUGGUGACAAAGUAGCCACUGGAUCCUACAAAUUCACCUGGAGUUCCUCCUAUGUGGACAGAAACCAUCUCCUCCUCCUGACAGGGCAGUACACAGAGCCCUUCGACGUGGAGUUCCGGGAGCUAUACGCCAUCUCCGAGGAAGUGAACUUGUUCCAACAGCUGGGCCUGGCAGGAGGCGCUGGCAGACUUGGCCUCGACCGCUCCUCCACUGUGGCUCGCAAGCUUAUCAACCCCAAGUAUGCCUUGGUGGCAGGCAGCCGCCACCCACCAGGGGAGAUGAUGCGCUGGGCUGCCCGGCAACAGCGGGAGGCUGAUGGCAACCUGGAGGGGCAGGAGGAGGGCAGCGGAGGUGGCGAGGCAGCCCGGCGCCUGGAGAGCUUCCUGAAUGACCUGGUUACUAUAGAGCAGGUGUGGCCCCCCGUGGAUCCCGUCCCCUUGACAGAUCUGAGCCACCCGAGGCUCAAAUCCCGAGAGGCAGUCACCCAAAAUGGCAAGGGAGAUGCUGCCAACGGGGGCCCCAUACCGGCCAUGGAGGGCAAGCGUUUCAUGGGCAGCAGGUUGUUCAGCCGCCGGGCCAAGAGGCCUGCAGCACCCAGCAGCAGGGCCGGCUCGCUGUCCCCCGAGGCCUGCCCCGACGUGGAGUUUCUGAAGGGGAAGAGGCCCACUGAGGACUCCAGCACCAACAUCUCAGGUAAAACAAGUCCCAGUCCUUCCAAGUCCGGCAAUUGCGUGAUUUCCUGAGCUGCAGGACCAACCUGUGGAUGCCCACCUGUCCUGCCCUGUGCCCUGGACAGCACAGGCCCCACCCUGUACCAGUUUGUACCUCCAGCCUCACCGGCCUCCACCUGCAGCCUCCAUUCUGGCCUCAGUGCCUGAAUCCAGAUGGAAGGGUGGGUCCCAAGACUUCUAAGACCAUCGUGUGCUUCCAGACUGUGGUGGCCAGGCCAGGAAGGGUCACUGCUGCUUUGUUUACAUGAAGAGGAAGCUCGACUAGUGUCUGCUCUCCGUUAUAUACCUGCCCCUCCCUCCACUGGGUCAGCCCUGCCCGCCAUGUCCCUGGGUAGGGAAAGGGCCAUGUCUUUGUGCCCUAGUAGGAGAAGUCUCUGGGUCAGCUCCAGCCACCUGGUUUCUCUUUUUCUGGGCUUCCUGGUGCUUUUUGGUUGCUCCUACCAGGAAGGACAGGGUUCUGAGUAGGGGUCCCCAGUUCCAGUCUUGCUCCAGCCUUAGAACUACCAGUAGAAGGAGCAUCUGGGACAGCUGGGGCACUGGCUGCUGUGGCCUUCCUGGCCUAGACCUACACUGGGCUCUGAGGGAACAGAGGGGAGGACACCGGCCUCCCACAGUCAGUGGCAAGUUUGGACCCCGCCCAUGCAAAAGUCCCUUCCCUCCCCAACCCAGCAGGCGGGGUUGGUACUCCAGGCCUCCUGGGCAGGUGCCUGCUACAGCCCUCCAUGGGUUCUUGGAGGGCCUGGCCUGGGCCUCCUUUCAGUUUGCUUUGGUUUGCAGCCCAAUGAAGGGAAAGAGAGGGUCCCAGGUGAUGGGGAACUGGACUCUAAAGACAGGACAAUUUUCCCCUUCCCCCUAAGAUGGUCAUGGGUCCCCUCCACCUACAGAACUUCCCCAGUUACAUUUCAGCCAAAGACUAGCCUUAGCCUCCUGUGACGUAUUGGGCUCUGCUCAGGGGCCUCGUCCCCCCCAAGCAGGUGGCCUCUGCCACGGUGCUGGGCGAGGGCACCCAGUACACAAUGCCCCUCCCCACCCGGUGACUGGUUUAAACAGUUCUGGAAAGUGCUUCCUUAUGCACCAAGGCCUGGCCAUGUGACGCAUCUCUUUCUAGAGAACAGAGGAGAUGUGAGAGUGGGGGCCAAGCCUUAGCUCCAAGUGGCCCCUUAGAGGUGAGGGACACGAGAGGCCUAAGCAGGCAGCUCAGCCAGCUCUUGUGCCGCCCGGAGGUGGGAAGCUGGCCUGCUUUACCCUUCUUCCCUCUCCUUCAUGCAGGGCCAGGAGAGACACCUAGCAGGGUCCCUGUGGAAGUUCCAAGUCACUGCAGCCUAGAGCCAGCCCUCCUUUCUGCCUCAGUUUCUCCAUGUGCCAAGAUGGGGCUUUUCUCACUUUCUGUAGGACUUAGGGGAAACCAUAUGUUAAAGAGGAAGCGACUGAAGGUGGGGCAGAGUGCCGACCCUUAAGGGGGGUUCCCCCUGCAGGCCCUCUCCCCUCCAGCCUGUUUCUUCAUCCUUUCCGAGGGCUGGCUCAGAUGGUCUCUGGCCCCCUCAAGCUCUGAAAAUGCUCAGGAAACUACAGUGCAGAGAUGGCCAGGGACCGUGACGUCAUAAAAUGCAGCUCUUACUGUUGGCUUGUCGGCCUAAGCUUCCACCCACUCUGUUCUGCCUCUUGGCUUCUCAGUUUCGGGUGCGUCUGCCCUCUGUUCCAGCACGUGCACGCACUUGGUGAACUAUGCUCCCCCUCGCCACAUCUCAGGAGGACAUCUGGCCUUCCCAGUUGGGGGGCAGGUUCAGGGGUAGAUGGUGCCCUUGGACCCAGCCCAGCUGCUUCUGCAGGCUGGCAGCAUGGCAAGGGCUGGAGGAGGACAGAUUAGGAGGGCCCUCAGUGUGGGGCCCUGGCUUUGUGGCCCCCCACCCCACCAGGCCACUGUCUCGCCUGCCAAGUGCAGAGACUGCAGGUUGAGGGUUAGUGCAGCCCUGGAGAAGGCCAGCCUCCCGGUGAGCAGAGCCCCUGGUGUUGCUGCACCCUGGCUUCUACCCCACAAGGGCAGGAAGCCCAACUUCUGUAUGGGGCUGGUAGACUGUCCCUUGACCUAUGUCACCUGUAGUAUCUGUCCUCAGAGUGUGGUUAGUCCUACCUCUGAUCUAUCAAGGGUAUUUCUAAGACAGCCUCUGCUAACAUCAAUACCCUGCGCCUGUAGAGAACUUGAUGGAAAGUCUAACAAGAAGGGAAGCCUAGACACAGGAAGAGGCGAGAGGGGGAGCGGCUCUGUCGCCCCCACCACACUGCUUUCCUCUUUUAUUAAAUGCCUACUAUUUGCCGAUCACUGUGCCAGGUGAUUUAGGAACAUACAGGUCUCAAACUAAGAACAGCUGAGGAAAGAGCCCUUUUCAAAGUCAUCAAAUAAUUUUCAUGUGUAUUUGGGGCAUGAGCCUCGUCGGGUUGUGUGUUGAGCCGCAUGAGGUGUGAUUGCCAUUUCUCAGGUGAGGUACACAGCUCUCCCAAGUCCCUCAUCACAUAAAAUACAGUUCUGGAGCUGUACCUCAAGCUCAGACUCUCAGCACUAAUGACACUUUGGAGCUGCCAAGUCCUCUGUUGAGGGAGGGGCUGUGGUAGUAUCGAAGGCUGUGGAGACAUCCUUGCCUCUACCUGCUGCAUGCCACAAUGUCUCCAGAUGUCACCCAAUGCAUCGGGUGGGGGUGUAAAUCCCCUCUGUUUAGGGCCCCUGCUUUCUACUUUGAGGCUCCGACAACCACAAAUGACUUCUUGAAAGGCGCUUCCAGGCUCUCUGCCCUGUGUCUUGGACAGAGCGCUCGUCGGAGGUGUCUGACGUGCCUGAGAUUUUGACUUCUGGGACAGCUCUCCGAGAGGCAUCCUCCAGUUUCAGCCUAGUUACAUUGAUUAGCUCUUCACUGCCAUGCUCACCCCAGAACAGGUGUGUUUCUGUGCACCCAUCUGCCUUACUGCACUCUGUUCCUUGUCCGGUUUCCUCCCAAUCUGCUGCUCUUCCUGAGUCUCACCUACACCCCACAUGGAAAGUACCCUGGGGUGUGCCUGUGUGUACCCAGCAGUGGCCCUGUUCCAAAAGCAGCCAGGGCUGAUGGCAAGAGAGCCUCCAAACUCAAAUCAGGCCAAGGAUUUGCUACCUGGUUGUCAUGGCCACAUUCUGAAUAAACAUCAACAAAGCCCCCUCUGCAGCUAA